CAUGGUUAAAGUUUCUUUACCACGUGGUGCGCAGUGUCUCCGUGCACGCGCUUGUGUGCGUGCGCAAGGAGGAUAAAAGCGCGUUGGAGGCGCGCGGGAGGCGUCAGGCUCACCAUGCCAGGCUGCCCGCCGGUGCUCCGUGUCCGCACCUCCGAGCCGGCGCGCCUCCGUCUGUCGGACUCCCGCGCGGAGUCUCACUGAUCCGCGGACGAUGCGGCUCCUCGCGCUCUCCUCUCUGCUCCUGCUGCUCCUCGGCUCAGGGCUGGCUCUGCAGAUCCAGUGUUACCAGUGUGAGAUGACGCACGACUGCUCCACGCCAGAGUUCAUCGUCAACUGCACCGUGAACGUGCAGGACAUGUGCCAGAAGGAGGUCCUGGUGAAGGAGGACGGUGUGCACUACCGAAAGUCCUGUGCCUCAUCUGGAGCUUGUCUUAUCGCCUCUUCUGGUUACCAGCAGUUCUGCACCGGGAAGCUCAACUCGGUCUGCAUCAGCUGCUGUAACACACCGCUGUGUAACGGACCACGCCAGAAGAAGCGACCCCAGCCAUCUGCUGCCAUCACCCUUAACACGCCACGGCUUCCUGUGCUUUCUUUCAACAUCAUCAUCCUACUUUCCUCUAUCCUGUGCUGACAGAACUUUGCUAAGACGUGCGUUGAAACAAACUGAAACUGUACAAGCUCUGCCAUACAUGCUUCGAAAUGUAUACAAGAGAAGGCUUUUUACAGCAUUUGUUCUCCUGAGUCCUGGCUUUCUGUUGCAACAAAAACAACACACUAGUGGACAAAGUUAUCGCCAUGUGUCAUGUCGUGAAUAUGGGUAAGAUGAGGUGGAGAACAGUGCCGUGGAUAAAACAGCUUCCAGCAGAGGGUUCAUGAACGUCUGUCUCUAUUCAUGUACGCUGCAAGGUGGAAAAAGACAAACAGCAAAGAUAGCAUGUGUAAUUUCCAGAAUAAAUCUCUUAUUUCUGCUCUAUCAAUAGGUAAAUGAAUGGGGGAAAAAACAAGUUUUGCAGUGUAUUCACCAACUGAAACAAAACAUGUAUGACAUCUCCCAAAUUAACAUGACUUAUUUAACCUCUUGGCAUCUACCAUGUUGUUAACAAACCACUGUGAUAAGUAUUGGGUUGGAGAAGAGGAUGUUACCUCUAAAAACAAUUCUUUAUAUGGGGUUUUGCCUUUAUGUUCUAUUAAUAUGGUAUAAUUUGAACUAAACAGGUUCAGAUUCCACAUAAAGUUCACUAGUGACCUUUUGGCAUUGAGAGGCUAUUGAUAAAUUAAAUGAUAAACAAACAUAAAAUGAUAGAAAAACAUUUCUUUUAAUUUUAACAACCAUUUCAGCCUCUUAGCAGGUAUUUUACAAAGAGAAAGAUGUUGACUCACACUGCCUGGCCAAAAAGAAAUUUGAUAAACACCUUUGAAGAAGGGACAAAUUUGCAGUGGCAUCAUUUCAAUUAACAUUUAUUUCCUUUCAGAUUUUCAUUAAUUAUUUUGCCAAGAUCUUGUACUGAUGAUGGCAGAAUCACUCCAGCAUAUCCCAAAGAUUCUCAGUGGUUUAAGAUCUGGAUUCUGUAGUGGUCAAUCCAUAUUCGAAAAUGAUGUCUCAUCCUCCCUGAACCACUCGUUCGUUUCCUUAAGGCUACACACAGCUCUUUGGUCCUACUCCCUUGAAUACUUUAAGUACUGUGGGAGUGGAAUGCUCUGACUUCACAGAACAUUUAACUGAUUGCUGAUCACGAUCUUUUCCAGACACAUUUCUUCUUUGGAGAUGACGGUUAACUACCGUAUUGGACAAUACUUAGCUCAUUUUUAGACAAGCCAUUAAUUUGACCCUUUCGAAAAUGAGUAACAUUAUUUCCACAACCACGGGAUCUGUCCCCAGACGAGGUUGGUUAAGAAAACAGAAGCUACUGGCUGCACCAGUUAGGGUUCAGAAACCUGUUGCUGUAGUAAUUUUCCUAUUUGCUUAGUCAAAUCCAGGUGGUGGCUUUUUGUUGGCCAGGUAGUGUAUGUUCUCAAACAGUCGUCACAGUAUCUUCAGGUAGCUAAAAUAAGACCUUUAUGCAGUAAGUAUGUAGUAAUAAGGGGUGCUGAACUUGUGACUGACAGGACAAUAAGAAUGAGACUUCAGAGAGCCAAAGAGGUCAUAUAAAUCUCCUCAACACAGCAAGCUUUGACUUUGCUUUAAAGUCUUAAGGUUGGCUGUAGCUGAAAUUUGUUGCCAUAUGGAAUUUAUUUUAAAGAUUGAGAUGAGCAGUCACUCUAUGUGGGAAACAUCUAUGUGCAAACUAAUGAUAAAUUAAUAAAAUCUGCAAACAUUUACUUUGAAUCUAAGCAGAAAAAGUAAUUACUUACAUUUACUUUAUAUAUUUAAAUACUUCACAGCCGUGAUCGAGCUUGGGAUUCAACCUGAGGAUGGCUGCUCUUUAACAAGUGGUUUAAACUUGACUGUUUUUGACCACUGUGUGACGUAUACAGAGUGUGAUUAAUGUUUUUGUGUUGGUAAUAAUGAAUUAGUUUUCCAUAAUGAAUGAGGUUAUUUUAUUAUAUGGUUAUUUAAAUGCACGCACCCCUCUCUUUUUGGGGAUGCUCGUGAGGUCAGUGGUUUUCAGACCUGUUCUGGCAUGCCCCAUACCCCACAAGUUUUACAACCCUCAACAUUUUUAUCUGAAUAAGUAUAUUAUUAAAAUAAAGGUAAAUGUAGCAUCAGCAUACUCUUAAUUCCAAUUAGUUUCAUUUUGUAUUUUCCCCUGGCUCUGCGCCCCACAGUUUGAGAACCACUGCUUUAGGCAAAGGUCCAAAUAUGUGAUACGUUUUAAAGACUUCUCAAAUAGCUGCAAGCAACAAACACAACUUCAGCUCCUCAGGAUUCUCGGCAGUAAUGUCCUGACCGAAUACUCCUGAUGUUGUCCGGAGUUCAUGUAUGAAAACCUCUCAGCUAGUUUAGGCCUCUAAAUGAAACAAAGUAAAAAUUAAAAUAAUUCCAAAUGAGACACAAAGAUGGAUGCAGCCACUGUGAUGUGACCCAUUGGACUGUGUAUGACCCAGUUAAUCCUUCGUUUUGGCUUUAAUUUGACUGUAACUUACAAAUUAACAUCAUUUUGUAUUCAGUAUGACUUAAAAAUAGCCACUGAGGCCAUACUGUCAUCAGGAAAUCGUUUUUUACUGAGGUCAUAGAUCAGAGGUCAGAAACCUGUGGCUGUUUUGCCCAUGUCCAGUGCCUCCCUGUGGGUUUGAUAAAAAAUUAAUCUGUAUAUGGAAAUAAAUAUAAUAAACACAUCAGAGAAUUUGCAAGUUUGUGGACAAAUUUGAUUGCUUUCGCUACCAACAGGUUUUUUUUUAACUUAAAACUAAUUUGAUUUUCCUUCACUUCACAAAUGUUCUCUUUAGUGGUUAAUAAAAAUAGGUAACUAUCUUAAUUUUUAUUAUCCUAGUUCUAUAAUGUCAUAAAUCCAUCAUAAAUGUGGCAUUAUUGUUAUGAAAAUGCAAAGUUAAAAUACCAAAUAGUCAUACAAAGUCACUGCAGACUAGUUUUAAUUAUUUAUACCUAUUCAUAAUGUUGAUAUGCUUGUUUAUGGCUCAGCUCCCUUUUGAUAAUAAAUUUUGCUGACCCCUGUCAAAGAUCAGGGGAACAGAGGGCCAUUUUUUCAUACACUUCAAUACAGCAUGACUUCUUUUUCAAGUCAGCCACUGAAAAUAAUGCCGCUUUGAGGCACGUCCUGCCCUUUUCGGACCUAUUCAGUCUAUCCUGAAACCUCAAAUUCCUCGUCGAAAGUUGCAUUUUUGUGCCAUUGCCUCCCUGCUGUCUCUGCCUCGCUGCCUAACGACAUCAGAAACAGUUGUGUUUGUUUCAGGAAGGGACGCUUCAGCCAAUUUGGGCCAUGUAGUUCUCACUGUUUCACCACACCUCUGUGUUUUGUGCUCUGUAAUGUUUACAGGAAAAUGUUGGCACUAAAAUGUGGAAAAAUUGUGAGUGACAGUUCAGAGGGUGCAGUGUGUUUAUCACUAUAAAUAAAAAGCUGUUUUUGUUGGAAAUUAUCUUACUGUCACAGUGAUUUGGAAAAAAGGAGGACAGCACCAGCUCAGCUUUCUAGGCUGCUCCGAAAAAUAUCCCAAAUCUAAUCCAGUUGACUGUGAGAUGCAGUUA